AUUUCAGUUGCAAAAUGGGUUUAAUGGAAGCUUUAAUUUUUCUAUGCAAAGGACAGUUCUGGAGAAUGGCUGUUUUUUGGACUGUAUCUCUCAUCUUAUCUUACUUGCAGUUGUUUUCCCAAACACAUUUAUCGCGUAAAUCCAAAUUAUUUGAUCGUUGUUCAUCUAUAUCAUCAUCUGCUAUCAGAAAACCAAUCUGCAUAAUUACAGGUGCCACAUCUGGUUUGGGUGCUGCUGUUUCCUAUGCCCUUGCUAAAGAAGGCUAUUGCGUUAUUCUUGCUGGAAGGUCAUUGCACUCAUUGUCAAAGGUUGCGUCUGAAAUCAAAGAACAGAUAGAUGAUGCUUGUGUAAAAGCUUUUCAGGUUGAUUUGUCAUCAUACAAGUCAAUCUUGAGCUUCAAACACUCCCUUCAACAGUGGCUGUUGGACUCAGAUUUGCAUUGCUCUGUCCAGCUCUUAAUAAAUAAUGCUGGAAUCCUUGCGACAUCAUACAGAGUCACUACAGAACAAUGUGAUCAGAUGGUGUCAACUAAUUAUAUUGGUCCAUUUUGUCUUACAAAACUUCUUUUGCCACUUCUAGAACAGAGCCCUAUCCCUUCUCGUGUUGUUAAUGUUACAUCAUUCACGCAUCGAAAUGUGUCUAGCAUGGAGGUCACCAGAGAAACAAUAUCUGGGCAGUGGUUUUCAAAAUUAAGUUCCUAUCCAUAUGCUCAUGUAUAUGAGUACUCCAAAUUAUGCCUUCUGCUCUUCACAUAUGAGCUUCAUCGGCAAGUUGGUCUGGCGGAGAAAUCACAUAGUGUCUCUGUCAUUGCUGCAGAUCCUGGAGUUGUGAAAACCAAUAUUAUGCGAGAAAUUCCGUCAUGCCUCUCAUGGUUGGCUUUCUUCGUUUUGAAACUUUUGGGCCUUUUGCAGUCUCCCGAAGUAGGAAUUACCUCUGUUCUAGAUGCAGUACAUGCGCCACCAGAAACCUCGGGAGUAUACUUCUUUGGAGGAAAUGGUAGAACUCUAAGAUCUUCUCAGCUUUCUUAUAACUCCAAACUCGCAAAGGAUCUCUGGGAUGCUUCGUCUCAAAUUUUCCUUGAGCGUCAGCUUGCUUCCCGGGAUACAACUUGAACAGAGACAUUAAACCUGGUAAUGCUCCUCCAAGUAUAUAUGAAGCAUGAACUUGAGUUUUGAUAUGAGAAAUUAUAAAUUUCUUU